GUAGAGUCAGCUGACUGCAGAGGAAGCAGCAGGAUCUUGUCGACCUUCAGCUCGGUGAAUCUCUCCGGUGUUUCCUCCGUUUCUGAUCCGACAUGGCGAGCCAGUCUCAGGGCAUCCAGCAGCUGCUGCAGGCGGAGAAGAGAGCCGCGGAGAAGGUGGCAGAGGCCCGCAAACGUAAGAACCGUCGUCUGAAGCAGGCGAAGGAAGAAGCUCAGGCUGAGAUUGAACAGUAUCGACUACAGAGAGAGAAAGAGUUCAAGACUAAAGAGGCUGCUGCCCUGGGUUCCCAUGGCAACAGUGCGGUUGAGGUGGACCGUGACACGGCUGAGCGGAUGGGUCGUAUCCAGGCCAGUUACCGUGGUAACCGGGAGGCGGUGCUAGGCGACCUGCUGCGGCACGUCUGCGACAUCAAGCCCGAGUUUCACGCUAACUACCGCGUAGCUGGCUGAGGGGGCGUGGUCACGCGUCAGGAGUGGGCGUGGCCAACGGGGAGGCGUGGACGUUAGCAUCGUUAGCCGCUAACAGAAACGAUGUAACGUCGUUACUGUGUUGAUGUUUACUGAAUAUUUAUAUUUAUCACAAUUAAUUAAUUUGUUGUCUUUUGUUUUUUUGUUGUUUAUUUUGUUAGUCCUCCAAACUAUUUCCUGAACCUAACAAAAUAAAAGUCUUCGCUGUUUAAAUUCAAAUUACUGAAAGCUGAUUGGCUGUUUGUCUCUUGGCUUUUAUUGUGAAAGUCCAUUUCCACAGUGUUGUUGUUUUGUUGUUUCCUGUGUGACCAUGUGACUUCCUGUUGAUGUUUGUGAUGUAAUGAGGAAAAAGAAAAUAUUAAAGUGUUGAUUGGAUGAAACUGUG